CACCUCCCAGCCCCUCCAACAUGAGUUGAGCGCUGGCUUAUUAAAAACCUCCUUCCAGCAUCGGUGGAGCAACCCCCUAAUUUUCAUCUUAACAUGUGGUGGAUGCUGCUCUCAAAGUGGAUUUGCCUCCUGGCAGGAGCGUCAGCGUGGAUGGAGCUCGGUGGGACAGUUUCAUCCCACAUCACCUACUCCCACGCGGGCAUCUGCCCAAAUGACUUGAACCCCAACAUGUGGGUGGACGCCAUGAGCACCUGCACACGAGAAUGUCAGUCUGAUCAGGAGUGUGAAUCCUUUGAAAAGUGCUGCCAAAACGUCUGCGGGAACCGCAGUUGUGUCGCUGCCCGUUACAUGGAUGAGAAGAAAGGCCCCGUGGGAAUGCCCAAGAAAGCCUCCUGUGCCAGCUUUAUGUGCACGCAGCAGGGGUCUGAGUGUGUCAUCUGGAACAGUCACCCAGUGUGUAAAUGUCGGGACCGCUGUGAGGGGGAGCCACACUUCACCUGCGCCUCAGACGGCAUGACUUACUACAACAAGUGCUACAUGGAUGCUGAGGCGUGCUCUAAAGGCAUCGUGCUGUCUGUUGUAAAGUGUCCUUACCGCCCCACCGAGCCAACCACUCUGCACCCAACCACGGUUCCCAUUCAGCUCACCAUCCCACCCCCGACAGAACCUCAGCCCCCUGUCAUGGUCAGCGGCCCCUCUCACCAGACUGUAAAUGCGGGUAACACUGCCAGCUUCCUGUGUGACGUUAUGGGUCGACCCCAUCCUGAGAUAACCUGGGAGAAGCAGCUGCCUGGUGGGGUAGAGAGGGUAGUCGUGAGGCCCAAUCAAGUGCAAGGGAACAUGGUGGUCACAAAUAUUGGUCAGCUGGUCAUCUACAACGCCCAGCCAAAAGAUUCAGGCAUUUACACCUGCACUGCUCAGAAUCCGUCUGGCUCAGUGACAGCUCACUACCCUCUCACUGUGCUGCAAACAGAGUUGGUUGACACUUCUGGGCCUAAAAACCUGACCCUUUGCUCACCUGAAGAAUGUAUCAAACUCUUGGAUAGCCCAGAGGAUUGUGGGAGUGAUCUGGAGAAAGUUAGUUGGUACUUUGAAUCCAAAAUCAACAACUGCUUAGCCUUAAACCACUGCCAUAGCAGCUUCAAUAACCAGCCACCUGCAAAGGUCUUUGACACAUAUGAGGAUUGCAAACAGUGCUGUGGUCCAGAUCUGUCAGGCCCUUGUGGGCUCCCUGCCUUGCAAGGUCCCUGUAAGGUGUAUGAGCCUCGGUGGGCAUACAGCAGCACUUCCCAGGCGUGUCAGACUUUCAUUUAUGGAGGCUGCGAGGGCAAUGACAACAACUUUAACUCCAAAGAAACCUGUGAGGAGAUGUGCCCCUUCCCAAAGAAUCACCCGUGCAAAGCCUGCAAGCCAAGAGGCAAGAUGGUGACGAGCUUCUGCCAGAGUGACUUUGUCAUCCUGGGCCACAUGUCAGAGCUCACGAAGGAGGGGGACUCGGGGCACGCCCUUGUGACUGUAGAAGAGAUCCUCAAAGAUGAGAAGAUGGGUCUGCGCUUCUUUGGAAAGGAUCCUCUAGAGGUCACGUUUCUCAACAUGGAUUGGAGCUGCCCGUGUCCGAACAUCACCAGCGCAGCUGCGGAGGGUCAGGUCAUCAUUAUGGGCUACGCCAACAACGGCAUGGCUGUCCUUCAGCCUGAGAGCUAUGUGGGUACUUCCAGUCCUCGACGGGUACGAAAACUGAAAGAGCUCAUUUCUAAGAACACCUGUGACCUUCUGAAAAUGAUCACCAACAGCCAACAGUAGGGUUUAGGGUCGGAAACUAUAGAUGUGACAGUGCAAUGAUCCUCAUCGGUAUAUCAAUUAAAUGGUUAAUGAUUCAAUUACUUAAUGCGGAAACUAAAACAUUGAUCCACAUCGUCAUCAUAUGCCCAAUGUCAUUUAAUUUCAUAUGCACAUCUAACACAAUCAUUUGUCUUAGAUGUGCAUACAAUAUCGGUUGUAUCUAUCAGACUUGGGAAUUGAAUUGAA